CAGCGCGGGAGGAGGAGGAGUCUCGCAGGCACCCAGGCAGGAAACGGCUCGACGUCUUUUGCCAUCACCUGGGAAAGUAAAUUCUUCGCUUUCUCCCCGGCGGCUGAGCUGACAUGCUCCAGCGUGGAGGAGACAAAGGGAAGGGAAGCCCCUUGCUAGAUCAGCCCUUGGCUAUGAUUUUUGCACCGUGGUGAUGUGAACGUGGGCUGUGCAAAAUGCAACCUUUAGAAUAAAUAAAUAAACAAAUGUUUAUUUUUUUAUUUUUUAAAAAGGCAUUGAUUCCGAGAAGAAAUUCAGAAUCCAGUUUGACUCUCCUGCUGUGCAAUUGCAGCCUCCAGGAAUAACAAGAGAGAGAGGCAUCCCUUGUGCAGCUUUCCCUGCAGGCAUAAAAAUAUGUCCAUCACGGGGCUGAAGAGGAAGCAGCCAAAAACGUUUAAGGUGAAAGUUAUAACGAUGGAAAUCGAAAUGGAGUUUAGUUGCGAGAUGAAAUGGAAGGGGAAGGACCUCUUUGACCAGGCGUGUCGUGCGCUGGGUCUGCGGGAAUCCUGGUUCUUUGGCUUGCAGUACUCCAUCAAAGGAAUGAACACCUGGUUGAAGAUGGAUAAAAAGGUUCUGGAUCAGGAAAUUCCCAAGGAAGAUCCCAUCAGAUUUUGUUUUUUAGCAAAAUUUUACCCUGAGAAAGUUGAAGAGGAACUUCUGCAGGAGAUCACCCAACACCUCUUUUUCCUGCAGGUUAAGAAACAAAUACUGGACGAAGAAAUCUACUGCUCUCCUGAGGCUACAAUUUUGUUAGCGUCUUAUGCUGUUCAAGCCAAGUAUGGUGACUAUGACCCAAACCUGCACAAGCCGGGCUUCCUGGCUCCAGAGGAGCUUUUACCAAAGAGAGUCCUCCGCCAAUAUCAGAUGACACCUGACAUGUGGGAAGAGAGGAUUACAGCCUGGUACGCUGGGCACCGGGGCAUAGCCAGGUAUGAAGCUGAGUUGAACUAUCUUAAAAUUGCACAAGACUUGGAGAUGUAUGGGGUCAAUUAUUUCCCUAUAGCUCAAAAGAAGAAUUGUACAGACUUUCUGCUUGGCGUCGAUGCCAAAGGGGUCCAUGUCUACAACAUUAACAACCGCUUCUCUCCAAACAAAUCUUUUGAAUGGAGCAGCAUCAGGAACAUUUCCUACAGCGAGAAAGAGCUCACAAUUAAGCCCAUUGACAAGAAGGCUGAAGUCUUUAAGUUCUUCUCCUCGCAGCCAAAAGUCAACAAACAGAUCAUGCAGCUGUUCAUUGGAAACCAUGACUUGUUUAUGAGGAGGAGGCGAGUGGACCCCAUCGAGAUCCAGCAGAUGAAAGCGCAAGCUCGGGAGGAGAAAGCAAGGAAGAAGAUGGAGCACCAGCGCCUGGCCAGGGAGAAGCAGCUGCGGGAGGAGGCUGAGCGGGCGAAGGAGGAGUUGGAGCGGCGCCUUUUUGAGGUGGAAGACAAAGCCCGGCAAGCCAAUGAGGCUUUGCGCCGUUCGGAGGCAGCGGCAGAGCUGUUGGCCGAGAAGGCCCAGAUCGCUGAGGAGGAGGCCAAGCUCCUGGCCCAGAAUGCCGCUGAGGCUGAACAGGAACGUCACCGCCUGGAGAUGGCCGCCUUGAAAACCAAGGAAGAGAAGCUUCUGAUGGAGCACAAAAUGCGAGAGGCAGAACUGAUUGCCAUGAAGCUGGUAAAAGAAUCGGACCGAAGGGCUAAGGAAGCUGAACAUCUGAAACAGGACCUGCAGGAAGCCAGAAAUGCAGAGGAAAAAGCCAGGCAGAAACUCCAGGAUGUUGGCAAGCUCAAUCCUCCUUCUAAUGCUGCCAAGGGCACCCAGCCCUCCUCCACUGAAGCCAGAGAUGCCUGCCCUGACAAAGUAUCGAUAAAACUGGAUUUAAGGGACAUUGACUUGAAGAGGCUUUCCUUGGAGAUAGAGCGAGAGAGAUUAGAUUACCUGGAUAAGAGCAGGAAGUUUGAGGAUCGGCUGAAAGAACUCAAGUCUGAAAUCCAUGCCCUGAAAGUCGAAGAGAGACACGCAGGCUUCCUCUCGCACUGGAGCGAAGUCCUUGGUUCCCUGGGCCGUUCCUCGGGGAAGAUGUGCAAGACUCCGUUGUGGAUGAACCCCUUUGAAGUGGACUUGUUGGACAGCCUGCAGCAGCCUUUCGUGCCGUGCCCGCUCAACGUCACCAAUGGCUUUCUGCCCAGAACGCCAGCGGAAAACCCGUCUUUUGAAACAGAUGCCCUGGCUGCCAGUAAUGUGGGCACAGGAAUAAGGAAGCACAUUAAGGUAACUGAGCUUGGCAAUGUUCUACACUUCCUGGUUCAAAUUGUGUCUUUUUUGCCAGCUGCUCUCUUGGGCUACUUAUGUGCUAUUUCGACUGAGAUAUUCACACAAAACCUGGUGCGCAGAAUCAGGGCGCAAAUUCCCAUGGAGUGUGACACUAUUUCCAAUGAAAGCUUUUGGGCAGGUGCUGCUGAGUGCUCAUAUGUCAGGCCUGAAGAUCAUGGCUCAUCCUUUUGUGUGGUUCCAGCACAUGGGCACUCAGGUAUAUUGCCUCUGAACGUGAAGGUUCCACUUACUGUAGCUCUUGUGAUUAACAGCCAUUGAUAGGCCUGUCGUCUAUGGAUUUGGCUAAUCCAGGGAUGGAGAACUUGUUGGUCUCAUGAGAUCAAAUGUGGGGAACCUUUGGCACUCCAGAUGUUGCUGAGCCACAAAUCCCAUCAUCCCUGGCAAUUGGCCACACUUUUAGUUUGUAGAUGUAGUUCGGUAACAUCUGGAGGGCCAAAGGCUUCCCACACUUGCUGUAGAUGUUGCUGGCCUUCAGCUCCCUUCAUCCUUAAACACUGGCCAUGCCACCUGAAGAGUGAUGGGAGUUUGAGUCCAACAACAUCCAGAGGUCCCCAGGUUCUCCAUCCCUCAUCCAUUCCUUCCUUAAAGCAAUCUAGUAGCUAUCUCUGUACAUAGCUUUUAAAAAAUGUUUCUAUGUCUUUUCAGUUCCAAAUCCUGUCCUACACCUGCUUUUUCAAGCUGAAAUAACUUUAUUUUCUGUCUCCACUCAGGUACAACAACACAAAACAGAUGUGAUCUAUAUCUGAAGCGCCUUAAGGUGACUGUCUGCAGCUUGGUCACCAUUUGUUUUGAGGAAGUCUAAAGGCUACUCUCAGAUCCUAGAAAGACUGUUGUAUAAACCUGCCACAUCUGUGCCCUACUUUGGUUCCCAGGAUGUGUUUCUUGCAUUCAAAAGCAGAUCUGGUGAUACUGGGUGGACCAGAGGUGGGUCGGGCUCCCCACCACACCUCAGGUAUCAACCUGAAGGUAUAAUAAAACUUCAUGUAUUUAGUGGUGACUCAGCAUUUCAAUAGGUACACUUAUGCACAGUUCUAUAAUAAUUAAGGUAUGGCCCCAAUUUGGCUAAAGUUAGUUGCGACUAAAUAAGCAAUUAGGCUUACUUGGAAAUAAGUCCCACUGAACAUAGUGGGACUUAUCUUCUAAGCAGAAGUGCAAAGAACUGAAAGCCAUUUGUUGUGACCAGCUCUGUGUUCCACUGAAAAGCAAUGGGGCUGUAAUCAGAACUUAACUGAAUCAGGUCCUGUGCAUUUAGGAAUCUUGUGUGGAUGGUUAUGUUCACAGGUACUGUGAUGAAUGUAGAGAAUUCUGCAGCUAUUAUUAAUGCCAUUUUAAAAAAAUAAUUAAAAGAUGACAAAGGGCUUUGAAUUAAGGGACAAAACAUGAAAUGCAAAAAUCUCCUAGUUAAUUAAAAGUGGUUUAAAACGACUAUGCCAUAUGCAUUCCCAAGCUGAUGUGGGCUUUAUCACAUGCUUUAGAAAUCUUUCUUGGAAUGGGAGUUGUAGCCCCUAUCAUAGAGGGGAGCAGAUUGUGAGAAGGCUGAUCCUAUGCAUGCCUACUUAGAAGUAACUCAUUCUUUUCAGUGGGGCUUACUUGGAAGUAAGCAUCUAGGAUUAUAGAAACACACCAAGACCUGUCCUUGAGUAAAUAUGCACAGGGAACUGCUUAGUUAGAAUUUGCAUAUCAGCCAUUCAGUCAAGGGUUAGGGUUUGUAAACAGUCACAAAGGAAGAGGCUUGGAACAAAAGACGAGGGAGAGGAGUUAGCAGAAAGCUAAUUUUAAUGUCAGUAUCCAAUGUGAAGAUUCUGCAUUUUAUAUUUUGUAAAGCCCAAAAUAACACAAGUCUCUCAUCAGAACCUCCCCUCUGUACUAACAAACAAUGCAAUGUGGAGGAAUCAGUUCUUUCUAGCCAGCGUCUGCUCCCCCCCCCCCCCGAAGCUGGGGAGCUGUGUCUGUGUUCCUUAAGAGCAGGCAGGGAUGGAGAAACUGCAGCCCUUCAGGGGUUGCUGGACAACUCUCCACAUCUUUGACCUUACUUGGCAAUGAUGGCGGAGGCUCACGGGGACCAACAAGCACAGCACCGUCAUAUGGAGAGCUACAGGUGUUCCCUAUUCGGCAGCUCCCAUAACAGGGAUGGGGAAUGGAUGACAUCAGGGUGACUCUUCUCUAUUUCAUGCAUAAAACAUAGUUUUAUGGCAUCUCACCAGUGUAACGUUAGAAGGAAAAAACAAUGUCUUGCAUUAUAAAGUUCUCUUAGUGUCUAGUAUCUGAGGUUAAAGGUGCAGCGGCUCCCAAAGAGGUGCCUGUAAAUAUGUCUGCACUUCGUUCUCUGCAGAGCGCUGGAGAAUGACAUGAACUCAGGCAGGAAAUGCUUUUGGGGGGGUCUGACUGUAACCCCAAACUUAUCUACAGGAAAUUAAGGGCCUCCUGGCAUUUUCUACUUGGCACCUGAAUUGUCUUCACCUGUGUGGGCUAUUUGCCAAACCACCAAUUGGUACAACGAAUGGAAAGAACUCAAGGGAAGGGUAGAGAGUCACUGGAGCCCAGACUGGGCCUUUUGCUAGAUCAAGAGGCUGAUCUAUGAAAUAAAUACUGAUUUCUAUAUUUUAAGUUAUUGUAAAUAUAAUUUUCUUUUUUCCAAAAUAAAUUAUCUGAACAAUUA